AUGGAGGAAAAGUUGAAGAAAGGAGAAAUUAGCUCCAAGUCUGCUUCAAGUUUGCUAGCCAUGAAAUGGUCUGAUAAACGUGAGGUAUGGAUGCUGACAACAUGUCACAAUUCAGAUACGGUAGCAACAGGGAAAACGGAUUGGAAAACUGGGCUAAAUAUUGUGAAGCCAAAGAGUGUUGUGGACUACAACAAAUGCAUGGGUUCAGUAGACCGUACUGACAUGCUUCUUAGUUCAAUUGAGUCUAUUAGAAAAACUGUGAAAUGGUACAAAAAGCUUUUUCCCACGUGUUAG